GGUGAAUCGCUCUGCAACACACGCAAGACUUUUAGAACCAUGAAUUGAAACGAGUGCGUCGACGCAACGACGCAGAAGCAUGCGCAUGCGCCGGACUUUAGUUUGAGAAAUAGAUCCGCGCCGCGGACCUCGUGCGCACUUUGAACACUUUGAUCCGAAACGGUUCCGAAACUGCUCGCUCACAAGAAGAAACUAUUUCAUUUACGCACUUUCUUCGUUUGAGAAAAGCGUUUUACUGUUGACCCUCGUGUGAUGAAGAUGGGGACGGCGUUGCUGUACGAUGACGAGAUGACGAAGUACAAGCUGCUCUGGACCGACCCUGUCUGUAAGAUUGAGGUACCAGAGCGCCUGACUGUGAGUCAUGAAGCUUUGCUCAAGGCCGGUCUGGCUGAUCGAUGCAUUUCCGUCCCAGUGCGCGAGGCGACCGACGCCGACAUCCUGCUGGUUCACAGUGAGGAGUACUUGGAGGCAGUGAAGAAGACCCCCUACAUGACUCUGGAGGACCUGAUGGAGUUCACCCUGCAGUAUGGCGACGUCUACUUUCACCCAAACAUCUAUCACUGUGCCAAGCUGGCUGCAGGCGCCACCCUGCAACUGGUGGACAGUGUUAUGACGGGGAAGGUGAGGAACGGCAUGGCUCUGGUCAGACCACCAGGGCACCACAGCAUGCGCAGCGCUGCCAACGGCUUCUGUGUGUUCAACAACGUGGCCAUAGCGGCCCGAUAUGCCAAACAAAAAUACGGGAUUAAAAGGGUGUUAAUAGUUGACUGGGAUGUACAUCAUGGUCAAGGGGUGCAGUACUGUUUUGAAGAUGAUCCGAGCGUGCUUUAUUUCUCGUGGCACCGAUACGAGCAUCAGAAAUUCUGGCCUCAUCUUAGGGACUCCGACUACGACUGUGUUGGCAAAGAGAAAGGGGCAGGAUUCAAUGUCAACGUACCAUGGAACAAAGUGGGAAUGAAGAACAGCGACUAUCUUUCGGUCUUCUGUCACGUCCUUCUGCCGAUCGCAUACGAGUUCAGCCCAGACCUGGUCCUGGUGUGUGCAGGCUUCGACUCAGCUAUUGGUGAUCCAGAGGGUAAAAUGUGUGCCAGCCCCGACGUCUUUGCCCACCUCACUCACCUGCUGAUGAACCUCGCAGGGGGGAAACUGUGCGCUGUGCUGGAGGGAGGGUACAACUUGACUUCCCUCCACCAGUCUGUGUGUCAGACGGUUCAAACUUUGCUCGGAGACCCUGCGCCGCGACCUGCAAACCUCGACGGUCCCUGUGCAAGUGCACUUGAGUCCCUUCAUUGUGUGCGAUCCGCUCACAGGCCGUACUGGUCCUGCCUCAAACAUGCAGCCGACCUACUUACCUCUGAUGUCAGCACAAAGGGCAUUGAGUUAACGGCAGGAGGCCAAGAAAAGCAGAAGGCCGAAGAGGAGAGAAGCGCGGAGUCGGAGGAGUGGUCGGAGCCUCUGAAACGCGCCGCGCCUCCGGUUCGCACUGCGCUCGUCCUCCCCGAUGGCGUGGUCUGCCCGGAGGGAUGUACACGCUUCAGCUCUUCAGCGGACCCCAGCAAAGUCAACAAACUCAGGGAGACUUUUCUCAAAGAUUCAGAUGACAGCGACGCCCUCACAACCCUCUCCAGUCUUACUGCCCUUGUGCAGAAAAUGGAGCAGAACGAGAUCUGCAAUGGCUUGGCGUUGGUCCGUGAUGUCUCCAUGGCGAUGAUGUGUGUUGUCCAGCAUGCUGAAGCUGCGCACCUCGACCGGGUUUUGAUCGUGUGUGUUGGAGACGCGGCGGUCCCGAGUCAAGGCACAGACGACGGGACAACUCUCCUGGUGCAGUUCAGCAGCGAGGAGUCCGAGGGACAGAAACGCAGAUUUCACAUUCCUUUGUGUCUGAAGAAGGGCUGCAGUGACGUGUCUGGGUUCACACAAGCGGUGUUGGGCCUCGUGCUGCCGCUGGGAUACGAGUACGACCCGAGCCUGGUUCUGUUGGUUCGGUCGCCAGGUAGCGGGCUGUGUGACGGCGCGUGGCAACAACUGACAGGCCUGCUGCAGGGCCUCGCUCAAGGACACACACUGGUGCUCAUGCAGGAAGGUGAGAAGGAGUGCGUCGGCCCGACGGCCUCGUCUCUCCUCGGAGUCGCCGCCGCCUCUCUGGGGAGGCUUGGUGCUCCGCUGCAGGAGGAUGUGGAGGCGCUGGAGGGACUGAGGAGCAGACUACAGGCGGACUGGAAGCUACUGCAGACAACAGGGCCAGCACCAGAACCUGGAAUGAAAACAGAAGCUGAUCCUGCUGAAGCACACCAGAAAUAAAAUUUAAAUAAAACGAAAUGAAAUAAGAUAAGAUUAUUUUUCUGUACUUUGUAAUUUGUUUGGCCUUUGAGACUUUUACUGUCAAGCACAGCAGGUUGCUAGGCAACAGCAGCAGCAGAGUAAAGCUUUUGGUUGUUGGGGGACGCAGUCCAGGUCUACGAAGGCUGCAGGCGGCAAGGAUGCGACUUUGAGACACAGCUAAUGUGGAUCACAAGGAGGAGGUGAUGCUGAUCGCCUGAUGCGCCGCAGCUUUGCUCAUCAGCGGCUGGAGGGGCGUGGCAGGCCUGAAACACGCAGAGAGACAUUUAAGUGUGGGGACAUAGCAGAAUAAAAACAAAAAAGAUUUCCCAUCGGUUAAUUUUUUUGUGUAUUUAGCAAGUUUUUCAUCAAACGUUAAUAUAAUUUCUUUUUAUUGUUACCGUGUGCUACCCAAUGUUUACUCCUGGCAAAUUUGAAUUGUUAUACUAGUGAAUAACUAAAAUAUUUCCAUUUAUUCCUAAUUCGUCCUUUUACACCACUUUUCAGAGGGAACUCUUAAUUUCUAAUAAAGUUUUACACACAAAACAUUGGAUGGGUUUGUAAAUGUAAUUGCAUAAUGAAUACUUUACUUUAUUAUUAAAAUGCUUAAGUGCAGGCCUUUAACUUCUA